UGUGUUCAAAUGUGGGCUUUUAUUUUGAAGGUUUUGUCAUUGCUAUACGAAAAAGAUGUCAUAAUUUGUGCUGCUGGCAGAAUAGUAGUGCAGACAUUAGAAAAGGGAAACAAUACAGUAAGUAUUCGGUUUUCAAACUGUCUUUGCUGGCAAAUCGAUUAUUGUUACAAUUUAUAGGGUGGUUAGCUGGUCACUAGCUAGCUGUUGUGAAUCCUUGCUGAUUUUGCUAGUGAUCAAUGCCGGGAACACCUCAUAGCCUGUCAGCUGGCUAGCUAACGUUAGCUAGGUUAUGGCUAGCUAACGUUAGCUAGGUUACGUCUAAAAUGUUCGACAUUGAUUAUCUCCGUUUCUAUUUAGCUAGAACAAUUUGUGAACAUCUUGCAAAUUAUUCUCCAGUGCUGGGUUUCCGAAAAGCAUCGUAGCACUAAGAACAUAUUUUGUCCAUUUAGUUUCAAUGGAAUGAAUAUGAUUUUAGUGCUAAUAUGCUUUUGGAAACCCAGCCCUGGUUUUUGUUUAAUUCUCAUGUGGGUGUUGUUACUUGUUUGUUUAGGUUGUUGUCAUCAUGGCAGACCCUUGGAAAGAAUGCAUGGACCACUGCCUUGAGGUGACCAAAGAGGCUGGGAAGGUGAGAAAACAGCAUAAUACCCUACUAGCUAGGUCACAGUGAAUAAUAUUACGUUAUGGCAGGGAUCAUCAACUAGAUUCAGCCGCGGGCCGAUUUUUUCUUGAGCGGAUAGUCAGGGGGCCAGAACAUACACUACCGGUCAAAAGUUUUAGAACACCUACUCAUUCAAGGGUUUUUCUUUAUUUUUACUAUUUUCUACAUUGUAGAAUAAUAGUGAAGACAUCAAAACUAUAAAAUAUACUGCAAACGUUGGUAUGAUGUUACUUAGAACCUUCCUUUUUAUUCUUGUGCAGUGACACCAUAGUCUGAAUAUUGAUAUUGGUCAUUCCUAUGUUGAGGACGUUACCUUUAUCACUGUCUGGUUCAUGUGGUAACCAAAAAAUGGUUCAUUUUCAAUUAAUUUGUGAAUAUUUCGAAAAACAUAAUUUCACUAUGACGUUAUGGGGUAUUGUACGAAGGCAAGUGACCAAACAAAAUCUCAGUUUAAUCCAUUUUAAAUUCAGGCUGUAACACAACAAAAUGUGAAAAAAGUAAAGGGGUGUGAAUACUCUCUGAAGGCACUAUUAUGCGUAGGAAUACUUUGGAACAGAUGUCCUAAAUAAAAAAUCACUUGGAGCUGAUUUGCUGAUUUUUACGGUCUUCCUGUCCAACAAUUUCAUUUUUUCCCUCAACUUUUUUAUUUUGCCCAGAAGACUUGUGUGGCCAAAAAAAAUUGCACGUGGGACGCCAGUUGGGGAACCCUGCCUUAUGGUCUAUCAAUGCCUUGUAGUCUAUCAUAAUGGGCUAUCAUACUCUCAUCAGGGUGUUGUGUUUAUAUAAACCAUUAUAAGGAAAACAUUACAGUAAUGAAACAAUGAUCUGUCAUCACCCAAGUGGGUGCAACAAAUUGGUGGUGGAAGAGGUGAGUUUCCUGCCUUACUAUAUAAAGCGCUUUGAGCACUGUACUGUAUGUAGAUCCAAACAAUUAUUGUGAUUAUUAUCAUCCUUAUUUAAUCCCUCCUGAGACUAGCUGGCUGACACUCUCUCUCUCUCUCUCUCUCAUGUCUCUCUCGUCUCUCUCUGUCAGAUGAUCCGAGAAGCGUUGCAGAAGGACAUCUCAAUCAUGCAGAAGAGCUCUCCUGUGGACCUGGUCACUGAGACCGACCAGAAGGUGGAGCAGGUCAUCAUCUCCUCCAUCAAGGAGAGGUUCCCCACACACAGGUACAGUAGCUCACUGCGGGGCCUCAAAGCCUGGACCACCACUCACCUUUAUCAUUUGCUGCUUUAGAGAUAAAUAGUAUUUUUCUUUAGUGUUCCCAGCAGACUUGGAUCAAAUACAUAAAUAAAAUGCUUGCGCUUGAUUUAGCUUGUGUGGUAUAAUGGAACCCAAUUCAAUAGUCCCAAAAGUGCAAAUUAUGCCCACCUUGCAUGCAGGUCAAGCUAAAUCAAGCACAUGUCAAUUAUUUGAAAGUAUUUGCAUUUGAUCAAGGUCUUGUUCCUAAGCUCUUGAAAGGUGCUGUACUGUGCUUCUGUUUCUGAUAUUAUCCAACAUCUUCUCUUGAAUUCUUCUUUCACCAGUUUUAUAGGUGAAGAGUCUGUAGCCGCGGGAGCACCCAGCAUCCUAACUGAUAAUCCCACCUGGAUCAUCGACCCCAUUGAUGGGACCACCAACUUUGUCCACAGGUGCUGCACGGUGUUACAGUUCUGUAUUGCACACAUGCCCCAUCAUAUAGCCUAACAUAUGAAGAAAGCAUCGAAUGUCCUCAUAACCAGAAAAGCUAUAGCCUCCUACAUCAAUAGUAUUUUUCUUUGCCAUAGUUAGCUCCAUAUUAAAAUAGCUAUUUUUAACAAGAUUUUUCCUGGAGUAACCUCAAGGGUUGGAGAAAAGGGUUUUAAUAGAAAUGGAUUCUCAUUUGCUUAGUUCCUCUAGGAAUUCACUUAUUUAAUGCCUUAACACAUUUUCUAUUUUCUUUUAAGUCAGAUUCCCCUUUGUGUCUGUGUCGAUUGGCUUUGCUGUAAAGAAAGAGGUAAAGGUUUUCUGUGUUUGGCAACGUCAUGAGAUUUACAACACAGUAAUAACUGAGUAGCAGGAAUUCAGUAGGUUUUGUUGUCUUAUUUCUGCAGUAGAAGUUUUGACUUUGUAGAAAAUUCAACUUUGCAUUUUAAGUCAAACUUCUCUCUUUGCUAUGUCUUUGACUCAGAUAGAGUUUGGCAUUGUCUACAGCUGCCAAGAGGACAAGAUGUACACAGCACGGAAGGGGAAAGGGUCAUUCUGUAACGGAGAACCCAUCAAAGUGUCUGGGCAGGAAGGUAUGUUGUACAGCCUUUGUCUGUCUGGCUGAGCCCAUGUGUUGCAGUUGAGAUAAUAUCCACUAGGUAGAGUCAUUCACCAAACAUCAGGGCCGGUAUUCAUAAAGCGUUCUAGAGUAGGAGCGUUGAUCCAGGGUCUGGUCCCCCCCCGUCCAUUUAAUCGUCGUCAUUAUGAUCUAAAAGGUUAGUUAAACUGAUCCUAGAUCAUCACUACUCUUAAUUUGAGCGUUGUGCCUUCAAAAUGGUCUGUCAGAACAGCUAUUAGGAAUCAAUUGAUCAUGAUAACAUUAGGAAGAUAUACAGAUUAAUUGUAUCUCAUUUUGUUGUAUAAGAAUUAGUUUGGUUAGCAUUAUGCUAGUUUGUUGUGUAUAAUGGAUUCAAUGAGUGGUCAUGACUCAUGACACUCUCUCUGUGUAGACAUCACCAAGUCCUUGGUCCUGACAGAGAUGGGCUUUAAGAAAGAUCCAGAGCACUUCAAAACCAUGAUGGGCAACAUCGAGACAAUCCUCACCAUCCCUGUACACGGGUAAACAUUACUUCCCACAGUCUCUGUUUAAACAUCAUCUCAAUAUUGUGAGCUUAUAAUGCAUCAAACAUCAACGAGGCCACAGAAAGAGAGCUGUUUAAUAUAAUAAUAUAUGCCAUUUAGCAGGCGUUUUUAUCCAAAGCGACUUACAGUAAGUAGUGCAUCCAUACAGUGGGAAUCGAACGCACGACCAUGGCAUUGCAAGUGCCAUGCUCUACCCACUGAGCCACACAUUAUGUUGUUUGAUGACUUACAGUGUUUUAGAUAUGUAUAAGGCUAACAGGCAAAUGUUGCUAACGUAGCAUCCGCUCGCCGGGGAGUGCGGCGGUCAACAUGUGCCUGGUGGCGUGCGGAGCGGCUGAUGCUUACUACCACAUGGGAAUCCACUGCUGGGAUAUGGCUGGAGGAGCUGCCAUCAUUAGAGAGGCUGGGGGUGUCAUCAUGGACAUCUCAGGUGAAUCACUGUGCACUGCAGCGAUGCUAUCUACAUACACUACCAGUCAAAAGUUUGGACACAUCUACUCAUUCAAGUGUUUUCUUUAUUUCUACAAUUUUUUACAUUGUAGAAUAAUAGUGAAGACAUCAAAACUAUGAAAUAACACAUAUGGAAUCAUGUAGUAACCAAAAAAGUGUUAAACAAAUGAAAAUAUAUUUUAUAUUUGAGAUUCUUCAAAUAGCCACCCUUUGCCUUGAUGACAGCUUUGCAAACUCUUGGCAUUCUCUCAACCAGCUUCAGCUGGCAUGCUUUUCCAACAGUCUUGAAGGAGUUCCCGCAUAUGCUGAGCUCUUGUUGGCUGCUUUUCCUUCACUCUGCGGUCCGACUCAUCCAAAACCAUCUCAAUUGGGUUGAGGUCGGGGGAUUGUGGAGGCCAGGUCAUCUGAUGCAACACUCCAUCACUCUCCUUCUUGGUAAAAUAGCCCUUACACAGCCUGGAGGUGUGUUGGGUCAUUGUCCUGUUGAAAAACAAAUGAUAGUCCCACUAAGCCCAAACCAGAUGGGAUGGCGUAUCGCUGCAGAAUGCUGUGGUGGUCAUGCUGGUGAAUUCUAAAUAAAUCACAGACAGUGUCACCAGCAAAGCACCCACACGAUAACACCUCCUCCUCCAUGCUUUACGGUGGGAAGUACACAUGCAGAGAUCAUCCGUUCACCCACACCACGUCUCACAAAGACAUAGUGGUUGGAACCAAAAAUCUCAAAUUUGGACUCCAGACCAAUGGACACAUUUCCACCGGUCUAAUGUCCAUUGCUCGUGUUUCUUGGCCCAAGCAAGUCUCUUCUUAUUAUUGGUGUCAUUUAGUAGUGGUUUCUUUGCAGCAAUUCGACCAUGAAGGCCUGAUCAACACAGUUAACUCUGAACAGUUGAUGUUGAGAUGUGUCUGUUACUUGAACUCUGUGAAGCAUUUAUUUGGGCUGCAUUUUCUGAGGCUGGUAACUCUAAUGAACUUAUCCUCUGCAGCAGAGGUAACUCUGGGUCUUCCAUUCCUGUGUCGGUCCUCAUGAGAGCCAGUUUCAUCAUAGCGCUUGAUGGUUUUUGCGACUGCACUUGAAGAAAAUUUCAAAGUUCUUCAAAUGUUCCGUAUUGACUGACCUUCAUGUCUUUAUGAUGGACUGUCGUUUCUCUUUGCUUAUUUGAGCGGUUCUUGCCAUAAUACGGACUUGGUCUUUUACUAAAUAGGGCUAUCUUCUGUAACUUUUAAGAUGGCAUACCUGUUAAUUGAAAUGCAUUCCAGGUGACUUCCUCAUUAAGCUGGUGGAGAGAAUGCAAAGAAUGUGCAAAGCUGUCAUCAAGGCAAGGGUGGCUAUUUGAAGAAUCUAAAAUAUAUUUGGAUUUGUUUAACACUUUUUUGGUUACUACAUGAUUCCAUAUGUGUUAUUUGAUAGUUUUGAUGUCUUCACUAUUAUUCUACAAUGUAGAAAAUAGUCAAAAUAAAGAAAAACCCUUGAAUGAGUAGGUGUGUCCAAACCUUUGACUGGUACUGUAGUUGUAACCAGGAAGUGGCGGGCUUCUGAAGAAGUGGUGUGCAUUGUAGAUGGUACAUGAUCAAGGCCUCCAGGUCAUGAGUAAAUCAUUUUAUUGAUCUUAGGAAUUAUAUUUCACCAUCUUAAAGUUCUCAAUGAGGUUAAAAUGAGUAACACUGGGUACUUGCUAUAACAUGGGUCUAUUUUAUUGUUGUCCUACCCAGGAGGUCCGUUUGACCUGAUGUCCAGGAGGCUGAUCAUUGCCAGCAGCAGAACCAUCGCAGAGCGCCUCUCCCAGGUGAUCAAAGAAUUCCCCGUAGGAAGGGACGACACCGAGGUCUAGAGUACCAUCACACGCACACACAGAUGGACAGACGGACGGCUGCAGAUGCAUGCACACACAGCCGGAAGCACGUGCACACACACACACACAUACACACGUUUAGAUAAGGCAGGUCGGGAUCCUCUCUGCGUCUUAACUGUUAAACUGGUGGUAUUAACCUUUCUCUGAAUGCACCUCAGUGGAUUUGCGAAAACCUAUCAAUGAAGACCAACUUUAUUAAUUUAAUUUACUGUUAGCCACUCAAAGGCUUUGACUUGCAUCUCAUUUUAUUUGGGCAUUUAAGUGAGAACAAGAUUAGGAAAUGUGGUCAUUGUAGACCAAGCCAUUUUCUGUCUCAAUGAUACACUACAUGGCCAAAGGGAUGUGGACAACACUUCAAAUUAGUGGAUUCGGCUAU